AUGUACUUGCAGAAUGCAAUCUUGGCACCACACUACAACUUGAACAGCCACAGCGUGAUUUUUGCGAUUAGAGGCAACGGCAGGAUUCAGGUGGUGAGACACGACGGACAGAACAUAUUUGACGGGGAGCUCCGGGAGGGUCAAGCUCGGACGGUGCCACAGAACUUCGCUGUGAUUAAGAAGGCGGGAAGUGAGGGAUUCGAGUGGGUGGCUUUCAAGACCAACGACAACGCCUUGAGAAACCCACUCGCCGGAAGGCUGUCGGCCAUCCGGGCAAUUCCAGAGGAUGUGUUAAUUAACUCGUACCGCAUUAACAGGGAGCAAGCAAGAAGGUUGAAGUUUAGCCGGGACGAGUCGACUGUGUUUAGCUCCGAAUCUGCGCAACGGAGGAGGUACUAAGCUUCUGUGCACCCCCAAUGUAACUUCCAUCAUCAAAACUUAGUAGUAGUAGUAUGAGUAGUACGGAAUAAGGCCCUCCAAGGCAUGGGAGGGUAACAAAGCUAGUUUGGUACCAUCUACGUUGUACUUGUAAGUAAAAGUAACUGCGGGAAUGGACGUUUAAAAUGUAUGAGUUUAAUAAAAUAUUCUCGUUUUCAUCU